CCGGCCGGGGGAGCCCAGUUGGCACGCGCGGCCGCCUCCCGCCGCUGCCCAAGGAGGCCUAGGGACUCUGCCUGCUCCGGGGCGCCAGACCAUGGUGGGCAGCUGCGACCCGGAGCCGCAGCCGCCGCGAGCCAACGUCGCCCUCAACCAGCCCCCACCCCACCCGAGCGGACACGCGGGGGCUCGCAGCGCGCGGUCACUUCCUUCCACGGUCGGGAUGGGCAGCGCGGGACCGAGCAAGCGGCCCAGCGUCGGCCGGGUAACCCCUAUCUAACUGAGCUGCGGCCAGGAGCUGCCGCUGGGGCGUGCAAGCCUGGGGUCUGUGCAGCGCGGCGAUGACCUGAUCCCGAGCCCGCCAGGGCGCCCGUCCCUUGCUGCCCGGCUAGCUCGCAGCCUGUGCAGAGACCGGCUCGGUGCGGCGGCCCGGGCGCACGGUGGCGGGGAGCUCCGGUGCAAGGCGUGUGGGCGCCGAGCUUAGGAGGACACCUUCGGCAGCUCUGCCUUUGGAGGGGCUUCUCUAAACUACUGAGUCAUUCCAGAUUUAGGAUUCCCUAAAUAAUCACCAACUGUGCCCGUCUCGUGCCGGAACGCAGGCAGAGAGAGCGAGAGCUCCCGCUCUCGGGACCCCGCGGAUCCCCAGGGUGCUUGGCCCUCGAGGAUCUCCCUCCCUCCCGCUAGUCCUCCCCCUCCCUCGUCUCCCGCUUUCUUUGCAGUGCUGCUGGAGGAGAGGUGCACUCGCUGCAGCUGGAAACAGCUGCCCCCGCCCCGCGCCCCUACCCGAGUCUAGCUAACCGCUCCCACUUCUCGCCUCUUGGAAUUCCAGAAGUGGAGAGGCCGUCCCCUGGAGAACCGCAGCCGGUGCGAUGCAUUCCAUAGACUUCACCCAGCUGGGACGAACCUCCUAAUCUCCAGAACCGCGGGCCACAGGGAGUUGAAUUGCUGCCUUCUUCUCUUCUCUUCUCUGUCGCGGUUGGUGGUUCGUUUUCUAAAGGAAGGUUUUAUUCACUUUUUAGUUUUUUCUUUUCUUUUCUUUUUUUCUUAAGCCGGGGGCACGCUUCUCGCCUCGGUCCAGACUGCCUUGUAAACGGGUUUUCUAUGUAUGUAUGUGUAGGCAUACUUUGGACACCUUACAACGCUUGCGCCUCUCCAACCCGGGCACGGAUUGCUAUUUUGGACAUCUUUUCCCCCUUUCCACUUGGUACCCUGAACGCAGUGUGACCAAACUCCUCACUGCCCUUUGGACGUGGAUCGCCUUGGGGGGGGGUGCAAGUUUGGGGUACAAACGUCUACUUCGCGAGAAGGCCUGGGACCGCCCCGCCCCCGCCGCCAGUGGUUGGGGAAGUUUACAUCUGGAUUUUCACACGUUCUGUUGCCACUGCCCAGACUCUGACUAACCUUGUGGGCUCCAGGUUUUCGAUACUGCAACCUCCUCAAAUAUUAGCACUGCCUCCCCGCGCCUGCACUCUCCCUCCAGGCCCCCGAGAGCUCCUUCCCUCAUCCCGGCUGAGCAGGAAACCAAGGGCUCAGUGGAGCCAGGGGCCUGGGGCCCGCGCUGAGCAGCUAUGGCUGCGGCGAUAGCCAGCUCCUUGAUCCGGCAGAAGCGGCAGGCGAGGGAGUCCAACAGCGACCGGGUGUCGGCCUCCAAACGCCGCUCCAGCCCCAGCAAAGACGGGCGCUCCCUGUGCGAAAGGCACGUCCUCGGGGUGUUCAGCAAAGUGCGCUUCUGCAGCGGCCGCAAGAGGCCGGUGAGGCGGAGACCAGAACCCCAGCUGAAAGGGAUUGUGACAAGGUUAUUCAGCCAGCAGGGAUAUUUCCUGCAGAUGCAUCCAGAUGGUACCAUUGAUGGGACCAAGGACGAAAACAGCGACUACACCCUCUUCAAUCUAAUUCCUGUGGGACUGCGUGUGGUGGCCAUCCAAGGCGUGAAAGCCAGCCUCUAUGUGGCCAUGAACGGGGAAGGUUAUCUCUACAGCUCAGAUGUUUUUACCCCAGAAUGCAAAUUUAAGGAGUCUGUGUUUGAAAACUACUAUGUGAUCUAUUCUUCAACCCUGUAUCGCCAGCAGGAAUCCGGGCGUGCAUGGUUUCUAGGACUCAAUAAAGAAGGUCAAAUCAUGAAGGGGAACAGAGUGAAGAAAACCAAACCCUCAUCUCAUUUUGUACCAAAACCUAUUGAAGUGUGUAUGUACAGAGAACCGUCACUACACGAAAUUGGAGAAAAGCAAGGACGUUCCAGGAAAAGUUCAGGAACACCCACCAUGAAUGGAGGCAAAGUCGUGAAUCAAGACUCUACAUAGCUGAGAACCCCUCCUAUUCUUCAGUCUCCCCCCUUUCCUUUCUCCUCCCUCCCCUUUCCCCGUUUUCUCCAAUAAAUCCAUCCCAACAAGAGAAAAAUAUAAAACGGCAUCACAGGACUUAGUAGCUGAGAUUCUGCACUCAAAAUCUUCCUUUGUGUAGGACAAGAAAAUUGAACCAAAGCUUGCCUGUUGCAACAUGGUAGAAAAUUCACAUGCAUAACAAUUAUCGCACAUAAAAGCAAAGAAAAAAUAAAUCAGGACUCCACAAACAUUAACUGUGUUGUUUUUAACAGAGGGCUAAUUGCAAUGAAGAUACAACUACAAUGCAGACAGAAUACAGUCUUUGAAUGGAUGGAAUAGGUUUUGAGAAAGCCACUUAAAAAUGUUGACUUGUAAAUCCCUUUAAGUUUUAGAGAAUUCUGUGAUGUGCAGUUUUGUUUCAGUUUUGUAUUUUCUUUAGACUUCUGUGAAUGAUACACAACUAUAUCCUGUUUCUAGGAUAUUCUUUCAGUUCUAAAAUUGAACAUGUCAAAAUUAUAUUCUUCUAAUGUCUAUCAGUCAUAUAGCCAGGGUCCAUUUAGCAUGAAGAAAAGUUUUGAACAUUAUUCUUGAUGUUAAUAAUAUUUUUUAUUUUAGACAAUGAAAAUCUUAUGUUGAGUUUAAUCAUAUUAGCAGAUUUAAUCCCUUGUAAAGAGUUUCUCCUAAGAAAAUAUCAUAUUUUAUCUAGGUAUUGAUCUGGGAUUUCAUUAUUUUUUAGACAUUUAGUGAAACAGGUUUUAUUGUAUUUCUGAGGAGACGUAGGGAACCCCCUGCCAUUGCUGUGUCUGGUGAAGAAGCAUGGGCUUCUUGCUUUUUCCAUUCAUUCUCAGUGUUGAUUUGUUGGGUACUUCUGAGUGUGUAUGUGCAUGUCUGUGAUAAGAAGUUCUUUUUUUUUAAACUAUAUCUUGCAGCAUGGAAGAUGUAAGGUGGGUUUUACUGAAGAAAAUAAGUCUGAGAUUCAGAGUCAAAGCAAAUUUCAGUCACCUUUUUACAUCGCCAGAGUUUUUGUAUGCAGACUGUUUUUCCAAACUAUGAGAAAAUAGAAGGAUGGCAGUGAAAUUCCUAACUUACCAUCUAUAAAGGCAGUAGUCUGUUAGUAUUAUCAACAGUUAUAAAUCUAGUUUGCAGUAAUUCUGUAUUCUAGAUAACAGAAGGUAACCAAUUAAACAUGGAAUUUUCAAGGGACAGUGAGAAAAAAUGUGGAAUUGACAGCUUUGAUUCCAACAGACAGGGUUUUGUUGGUGGAUUUGUGUAGUGAAAAGGAACUCCAUGUAAGAGCAAGCAAACACACUGUUAGGAAUACUGAAGUACUGGAAAACAGCAAAGAUGUGAGUUAUAACAUGGCAUUGGAAUUACUAUAUCUACUUAGGCCUGGAAAUCAUGAAUGGUGUAGAGACAUCCAAAUUAAAAAAAAAAAACAAACAAAAUGUUUAAAAUGUUUGCAGAUUUAUGGAUAUCAUAAUGAGAAGACUUAGCAUGUAACUUCUCCUAUAUCUCUACUGUCCAGCAUGUAUUACUCCAACUAUGACUCCCUAAAAUACAUACUUUGCAGAAGAUCUAGGCCUUCACCUUGAAGUUUUCCACUGAUUGCUGUAUUUCAAGGUCAAUGUGGUGUCUCCCCUCUAUACAGCCAUUAUUCUUCAGUGAAAUUUUUGUCCUAUCAAGUAUCCUAUUUAUGUUCUCUGGGCAAUGGCAGAAAAUGUACUGGAGGAAUUUUCCUAUAAAGCAAAGAAUAGCAGUUAUGCACAGAGGCAAGGCUUCUGGACACAUCUUAAAUCAGAAUUUACAGAAAGUAACAGAUAAAUUUAAUUUUUAUGUAGGGAAUAUUGCUCUCUUAGGAAAAGAAUAACCAUGAAAAGACACAAAUCCAGAAGUUGUGUUCAUUGUCACUGUUGAUCCAACUUGAUUAUGAAAAUACCUGUCACUUCCAGGACCAAAUAAAUCCCAAGCACAAAGCCUUAUUUUCUUUGGAAAAAAUGAAUAAAGAGGCUUCAAAAAACAUGGGUCAUGGGCUUUUUUAGAGGGAAGUGCCUGGAGGGUUGGAGUUGAUAUGUUUAUUCAACUAUAGCGCAGCUGAGUAUCCACAGGAAAUGCAAUUGGUGGAAAUCAAAUUCGCCCAUCUCAUUAAUGAUUUCAUGAUAGAAAUUUAAUCUCAUUAUUUAUGAAGAUAUAAACUGAUGUUAAUAUCUAAUAAAAUCCCUUCUCUAUUUUCAGUUGUUGUCAAUCAUUCAUCAUACAGACACCCCUCCCCCAUCCUAUCAGCACUUAAAACAGAUCUUUCUCACCACUCAAUUUAUCUUUAGUUUUCCCUCCACAUUGUUUUUAGCAAAUGUAAAUGUGCUUUGGAGAUUAACUUUGCUUCAUUUAAAACUGAUUUCAAGAACAAAUUGAAAGCCUCACAAUUGUUUAUUCAUAAACCUAGAAAAAUGUGGAUUAGAUCACAGGUUGAAUAUUUGUUUACUCUCUGGUUGCUUUUUAACUACAGUAAAGCAUAAAUAAAACCAAUAUUCACUGUCUUAAGUCUUAAAAUCGAUGAAUAAAUAUAAGCAAAUAACUAUCCAGUUUCACUUAAAAACAUGAGCCAUUUUUGAUGGUUGUUUAUCAGCUUUAUAUAGCUAAGUAUAAGUCUUCACUGUGAUAGUCUUUAUUUCCUGGCUUCAACUUAUCUAUCAUAUGUUCUUCUUUCAUUGUAAUAAGGAUUUGCUUUUUGUUGUUUCCAAAACAAUGCAAGGGGAUAUUCCCAGGAAAGGACUGUAGUAGAGAACGAUAGGAGUCCUUCUGUUUUAAGUGAAUGGUCUUGACAAUGAAAGCAAAACUUCUGUGAGUCUCACAAAAUGUGGUCAAUAUUCUUUACUUGAUAUUUUAGCUAGAUGUUUGAGGUCUAGAAACAAACGGUGCUGAAGUUCCAUCUGCUAACUUAGAGUCCUUGUGCUUUAGGAGACUGAAUACAGUAAGCCACCCUUUUCUUGAUCAUAGUGAUAGUUUUGGCUUUGAAUUACAUAUAUGAAUCUCAUAAGACAUUUUUAGCUAUUAUGGAUUGGUACAGUGAAUAGACAUCUAUCUAUGUAAUAUAAUGCCAUUCUUUAGGGGUCUCAUUCUAAUUCAGAUAUUUAUACAGAAUAACUCUUCUACCUAAGAAAAUGGCAAUAUUGCUGGUAGGUAUGGUUUCUCACGUGAUGAUUCUGUUAUGCCACAGACAAGUGUUGUGUGUAUUGGAAACAGAGGAAUAGAUGGAGUGUAACAUGGUUGUUGUGUAUUAAAUUGUCUUCAGGUCAAAUCUGGGACCCCUAGUUUCUUAGACCACUUCAACAGUGGUCCACGUUUUAAAACAUAGACCCAGAAAUAGGAAAUCUACCCUUAUACCCUGUGGCUUAGUGUAAAAGACCUUGCUUUUGAGAAGGUUUCCCAUGAAGUUAUUUGAUUUCUUCUGCACAAGAUGAGACACAUUCAAAAUUAAAAUUCCUUGCUCAUUUUAAUGUCAUUGAAGGCUGAGGCUAUUAUUAUUCUGUCACAGAGUGUUAAUAGCAUUUUUUAAGCCGGAAUCACAUUGUGGAUUGUUCUACAAAUAUAUAUGUGUAUAUAUACAUAUGAUUCUGAAAUGAGGAUAUAUUAUAUAAAGUUUUUAUUUGAUCUGUGAUCUUUCAUUAGGUAGUCAAAAUAAAGAGAUUUGAAUGCAAAACUUUAUAUAUAAAUGUAUAUUUAUAAUAAUAGUACAAAUUGCCACUUUAUAAUUAAGAAAAGUGAUGGGUGGGAACAGUCCUAAAGCACAUAUGCCUUCAGAACGUUGGUAAUUCUUAAUCCCCUCUGAUGCAGUGAUAAUGUCUAAAAUAUUUCCUAGAAAGCUAUAAUUCCCAAUAGAAAUCUCAAUCUGAAGUUUGAAAGCUGGCUGAAGGGUAGGCAAAGGAAGUGAAGUAUUGAUCUUUAUCAGGACAUUUUGGAGACCAUAUUUAAAACCAAUAUUUAAAUCCAAAUUGAGUGAAAAUUGCUCAUGUUCAGGGAUAGUAAAUUGAGCUUCAAUGACAAAUAAAAGCAAAAAAAGAAAAUAUUUAACAUUAUAACAGCAUUAAAAUAAUGUAAUGAACAUUGCAUCUUUUAUUUUACUAGCUGGAAACAAUGAGCUGUUGUUUUUUUUUUGUUGUUUUUUGUUUUUUUUGUCUUUGCUCCAAGCACAGUUUAAUGCCAGCAGCAUUCAUUUUACUCAAAGUCAUUUAAAAAUCUAAAAUACAUAACCACAAAUAGAAUCAUUAUUAGCUCCAUUUCAAUGUUAAGUGUUACAAUCUUAAUAAAUGAUUGACGCUAAAAUGUUUAAUAAACGUUAUAUGAGAAACCAAGCAGAUUAACAAUUUGUUUUACAUUAAAGCACAGAUUAUUUAAGUCAUUGUUUUUUGAGAUCAGCUUUGUAAACUGUUUAUACACCACAACCUUCCUGGAGUGAAAAGAAAUUAAAAUCUUGAAAUACUCAUGCAUGUAGAAUACUGGCAUUUUUCUAAAAAAACAGAAAUUAAACUUCACUGAGAAGUA